AUGAGAGCUUUUUUAAAAUCCCUGGAUGAGCAUAUCUGGUUUAGUGUUGUGAACGGUUGGAUUGUACCUAAUUCUACGGUUAAUAAUGAAGUAAUCCCCACUCUCAUUGCUAAUUGGACUAGAGUGAACUCGGAUGAGUGUAACAGGAAUAGCAAAGCCUUACAUACCCUAUUUAUGGCAGUAUCCUUGGAAGAGUUUAGGCGAGUGUCAAUGAAUGAGGAAGCUAAAGAGGUUUGGGAUAUUCUACAUACCAAACAUGAGGGAACUCAGGUGGUUAAGAACUCUAAGUUCCGGAUGCUGACGACUAGUGACGAGUCCAAGGGACUGGACGACAGAGAAGGUGAGGACGGUAGUGGCCCUGUGAUGACCAGCGUUGGUGGGGAAGCUGGUUGCUGCGGCGAGGAGGAAAGUGAAGCUGAUGAUGGUGACCCCGGGAGAUUGCCUUGA